UGCGAGAUACUGUCAAAUUAAGUGCUGAUUUAUUGUUAAUAAGCUAAUUUAGAAUUUAGAUAAUAUUAGUAAAAAUGAGAGUGCUUCUAGUUUUGGUUGCUUGUGUUGCGAGCAUUUAUGGAAAAGUUACUCCGGAUUACUUCCCAUCAUGUAAAAGGAACGACCCACAAAUAAACAAAUGCAUCCUCGAUGGGAUUGAAUCGAUGAGGCCCCAACUGAAAAACGGCAUACCUGAAGUAAACAUCCCUUCCAUUGAGCCGUUCGUAGUGCCAACAUUGAAACUGGACAGGAACGUUCCUAAUCUCAGAAUUAAAGCCACGAUAAGGCAAGCAAAAGCAUUCGGCGCUAGCAAUUUCAAAAUCGAAAAGUUGAAAAUAAAUCUAAAUAAUAAAUAUGCAGCUGAAGUAAAAAUCUCAAUCCCCAAAUUGAUGGUCAUCACUGAAUACGACAUCCAAGGGUCAAGACUACUCACCCUUGAUAUCAACGGGAAAGGAAAACUACAGGGAAAUUUCACCGGCGUAACAGUAAUCGCUAAAGGCGCAGCCAAACUAAUUGAGAAGGAUGGCGUGGAGUAUCUUCAGGCAGAGAAAGUUAUUACUAAAGUGAGGAUAAAUAAUGCUCAGGUCGCGGUUGAAGAUUUUGACAGGCCUCUAGUUGGUUCAUCUACGGCUACGUUCUUCAACGCCAGCCCCAGAAUCGUGCUUGACGUUAUCAGUCCACUCUUAGACGAAACCACCGCUGCUAUUGCUAAGAAGUACAUUAACAAAAUACUUGGGUCUAUACCUAUUAAAGAAGUGUUAAUAGACGAUGAGCCAGCAGGUGGAGGCGUGACAAUGAUGAUCAUAGACUUCCUGUUACUUAUAUAUUAUGAAAUGACGUCGGUAUGCCACUACAGCGACCCGAAUGUUGCGCAAUGCAUCCAACGCAUGGCUGAACAGGCCAAACAUCUCCUAGCUCAAGGUGUACCAUCGUUUGGCAUACAACCAUUGGAACCCCUCAAGGUGCCCAACAUAAGAUUACGUCAGCACAAUCCUCCGAAAAACGCCUUCAAAUACGAUGCGUGGCUCUCAGACGUCGUGUUACAUGGUCUAACGAAUUUCUCGUUCAAUAAAUUAGAUGUUUAUCCAGAGGAAAUGAAAGUAACCGCGAAUAUAACUCUGCCUAAACUCGAUGUGUCUGCAGACUACGUUAUACUAGGGAAAUUUCAGAUGUUACCUGUCGAAUCUACUGGAAAGUUAUCGGCUAAUUUUACAAUGUGCACAGCGGCUUUGGUAGCGUUAGGUGCUAGAGUACACAAACGUAUGGUCAUCAAGGAUGCCGAUGUGCGUCUCCGAUGUGGUGGAGCAUUGAAUGGGAGGUUGGACGAAGCGCAUUCUACUACUACAGAGAUGGUUGGUGGUUUCAUCUGUCCACGGGAGGAGAAAGCAUUGGGACGUUGCUUGAGAGAUGCACUAAAUACUUACAUUCCACAAUUAGCGACAGGAGUGCCAGAGUAUGGAGUACCGUCAUGCGAGCCACUGGAGAUCCCUGCCUUGUCAGUACAGCAGUCAACAGGUCCUAUUUCUGUUACGUCAUCGUACACUGAAGUUACCGUGAAAGGACCGUCAUCUAUGAGAGUGAAGGAUAUUAAGGUAUAUUCAAAGAAGAAGAUGGUAGUAGGAAAAAUUUAUAUUCCAGAGCUGAGAAUGAAAGGAAAUUACGCACUUUCCGGACAAUUACUGAUGCUACCCAUUAAAGGAGAUGGAAAAUUCACUGCUAGAUAUGGUGAUAUAGAUGCUACAGUUACAAUUAUCCUUGGAAGACAGCCUCGGCACAACGACGUCGAUGCGCUGAGCUGCGAGGAUCUGGACGUGAAUUUCCAUAUCGGAUAUGCUUCAAUGAAACUGGAGAAUCUCUUCGGAGGCGAUGAAGAACUGGGUAAUACAAUGAAUAUGUUCCUGAACGAAAAUUGGGAGAAAUUGGCAGAGGAACUAAAAGGUCCCAUGGAAGAGGCACUGCGGGACUUCUUAAAGCCGUUGGCUGACCACGCCUUCAGUACCUUGAACGCUGAGGAUAUACUAUCUGACUGAUAAUUUUGUAUAUUAUAGGUUUUUUUAAAAUAUCACUGCUCGCUAUAAUACUUAAAUCGUGAUUACACGAUUUUAAC